UACUUGAACGGAAGGAUUUAAUUGUAAUAUUUUUCAUUUCGUACAUAUGCGUUUUGUUCUUAUACGGAGACUAGUCAUAUAUUGGAUUUUUGCCGCUUUUUGCAGUUUGAAAAUAUAAAUUAAAUGUUGUGUAAUUUGAACAGUAACUUCAGCGCGCAGUUUAAUCGAAUUCAGCAAGUUCAGAAGUUGCAAAUUACCGACUUCAGAAAUGAAAAAAAAAAAAUGGAUUUGCUUUGAUUUAUUCCACAGCAGUUACAGUUAAGUUAAAUAAAUGAAGCCACAGCUCAUCGUUAAAGACGUCUGUAGAAGUUCAUAAAGAGUGAGUUUUACUCACUAACUAGGAUAAUACUAUGAAACUAAACACAACGAAAUUGUGCCUUCAUUCGCCAAUUUUCUAGUGGUCAGAAAGACCAGCAAUCGAUCAAAGGGACGCCGAAAUAAUGAAAAUUGCCCCCAACGACAGCGUGGAAAAUCAGUGUCAUGGGCUAGAAUAACGUAAUCAUUAGGUAACCAUGGAAACGACAACAAGUGCAUUUGACAUUCCGGUGAAUUAUAUUUUGGGGCGAUGUACAUUUGGUAAUUGGGACGACGAUGAUGAAGAGUCAGAAACCACGUUGAGCGUUCUCAAUGUCUCCUAUGUUGUGAAGGAGAGGAUUGGACCUUGGUGGAAAGGGGCGUGUCUACGUAGAAUCAAACAUAAGAUAGUGCUUAGAGAUGCCAGUAUGCAUAUGAAAUCUGGGCAAAUAACAGCAAUCCUGGGAGGAUCUGGUUCGGGUAAGACGUCGUUACUGGACUGCAUUGCAUCUAGAGCUAACGGCACGGUGUCUGGCAAGGUGUAUUACAACAAUAUGGAGUGCACAAAAGACAUCGCUCAAACCUUUACCUCCUACGUGAUGCAGGCGGACCGAUUGUUGCCAAAUCUAACUGUGAGAGAAACUCUGCGCUACAGUGCUCAGCUUCGUCUGCCUGGAAACGCUUCCAAAUUUGACAUCGAAGAAAAGGUCAGCAAGGUAAUCAUUGAGAUGGGUUUGAAAAAUGUGGCCGACUCGAGGAUUGGUGGCAGUAUUAUCAGGGGAAUUUCUGGAGGAGAGAAGAGACGAGUCACCAUUGCUAUACAGUUAUUACAAAACCCAAAAAUACUGCUUCUGGACGAGCCAACUUCUGGUCUUGAUUCCUUCACAGCCAGAAGCUUAAUAUCGUCGCUCUCGGAUCUCGCUCACAACAACAGAAAAAUCGUUCUUCUCACAAUACAUCAACCUAGAUCUGAAAUCUUCAAAAUGUUUGAUCAAGUAGCUUUACUAUCACGUGGGCAAAUGGUAUAUUUUGGGCCAUCAGAUCAAAUGGUUCCUUACUUCAGUGAUCUGGGAUUCCGCUGUCCUACAUACACAAACCCCUCUGAUUAUUUUGUUGACCUAGCUAGUGUUGACAGACGUGACAACGAAAGGCAAGAGGAGACUUCAGAGAGAGUGAAAGAACUGGCUAGUAGCUACAGCAACUCCACCAUGCACAAAGAUGUUGUCUAUCAAAUAAUAGAGGAUACAAUGAGACCAACCACGGGUAGACAACUCUUCGCACAGAAAAUAAAUUAUUACAGGCCACAGAAAUCCGGCUUCUUCCGAACCCUGUUCACUUUGUUAGGGCGUAUGACUUUGAACGUGUUCCGGGACAGGACCAGUUACCUCUCUAGAAUAUUCAUGCUGUCGCUUUUUGUACCGUUUAUAUGUAUUUUCCUGGGACAUCUAGGGAAAAAUCAGACAAGUGUGCAGGACAGGAUUGGAUUGCUGUACCAAAGUUCACAAGUUCCACCAUAUGUAGCUGCUUUAAAUGCCGCCGGUCUAUUUCCAGUUCUCAGAGACUUGUACUACAGAGAAUGUUCAGAUGGGUUGUACUCGCCUACAACGUUCCUCUUGGCGUAUGUCAUUCAUAUCAUGCCAUUCACUAUCAUCAGUUCUGGAAUAUUCUCCAGCGUUGUUUACUGGGUUACAGGACUACAGCCAUUGACAGAAAAGUUUAUACACUUUUCGUCUCUUAUAUUUUUCCUGAAUUUCUUUGGUGAAAUUAUGUGUGUACUCGUCAUGGGGGCUUUCAUGAAUCCUGUUUUGGCUACUAGCACAUCCGGCUUGAUAUUGUCAGCUUCGGGACUAAUGGCGUCUGGAUUCUUGAGGAAUUUGGACAAAAUGUUACCUAUCUUCCAAUGGAUAGCGUGGGGAAAUAUAUUUAAGUACGUAGGUGAAAUUCUUGCUGCUAACGAAUUUCAUAAUUUGGAUCUGUCUUGUGGGAAAAAUGGAACUUUUUGUUUCCCUAACGGGGACACAUUCCUGAAAUUAGUGUAUCCGGAUGCCGUUGACAAUCUGACUAGAAACUUCUGGGCUGUAGGCGGCUUUACGACAGCGACGUUUAUAUGUGUCAUCAUAGUUUUCAAGAUACGUGGAGUUCCAAACUUGAGUUAAAGAUAAACUGUGUGAAAAUUUGAUAUUUAAAUGCUCAAGUUACGUCACGUAUCGAAUGUGUAAAACGAAUGUUGAUGUUAGACAUGUUUUAGAAAUUCUCUUUUUGGUUGAUGUCAUUGGAGAUUUAGAUUUUUUUCUUAUAGUAUCAUUUUUAUCUGACCAGUUAUAAUACGGUCAAAUUCUUUUUGAAUUAUUGAAGAAAUACUUUAAAAGGUUUGAAAGAUUUUUUUUAUGUUUAUUUAUGCUUUAAGCUUUAGUGAACGUUUUGUUUAUUAUUUUAUGAAUACGGCGAUAUCGCUAGUGUUCCAAGGUAUUAGAAAAACAAUUAACUGUGAUACGCAAAUGUAUUUUUCAUUUUCAUAACUCUCUAUCUUAUAUUCUUAUCGCUUUGUCUGUAGUUGAUGGACACUUCAGUAUUUUAUUUACAGCAAGCUAUUACGUGCUUUUUAGGUACUGUGAAAUCAUUUAUAUUAGUGGGGACUAAUUUCAUUUAUUUUGUGGUUGUGCCAACCACAUAAUAAAAUUUCAACGAACACAUAAAAUUUCUAAAACUUGAAAUCCACGAGUUCAUAUCCACACGAAAUUACAGUUAUGGUAAAAAAACACGUAAUUUCUUGCCCACGAAAUUAAAUGAUUCAACAGUAUGUUUUAAGUAAGAUAUGAUCAAAAUGAAUGAUAAAUGAUACCAGUCAAUCAAAGUAAAACAUAUAAAGCUGUGCAAAGUAAACGUUUAUAUACCAGAUUUGACGGAUUCUUGCUUCCGCUCUUUAUGAUUCAGACAAACGUUGUUUAUAGUUUAUCAGAAUUGGAAUAUUUUUCAUUGGUCUCUCAGGUUAUUAUCUGUCAAAUAGUUUCCGUAGGAAAACAUGUACGUUACUUUGGUUACGAUGGUAUUGUCGUGAAACCUUUCAAAAAGUAUCAAGACUUAAAUGUCCGUAAGUGUCAACAGUUCUUGCGAUUGACUGCCAGAAUAUGAUAACUACAACACCAUAUACUCGCUGCAUGUACUGUGAUUCAUAAGCUGAUAAAGUGUGUAAUAUGUGAUUUAUCAAAACACUAUAUUGCUUUAUUUUGUAACUAUUUCCAUGUUUUUGUCUUGCUUAAUUUUGUCAAAAUAUUGCACUUACAACAAAAAAAGGAAACGAGGAAGAAGCCAUGGAUCCUUAAGAUGGUUUUAAUGACUUUCCAAAUGUAGUCACGUAAUGCUUUCGCAUUUGAAAGAAAAAUUGUGAUAUUGUUGUUGUUUUGUUAAAUAAACUCAAUCAAUGUUA